AUGAAGCUUGCACCCUCCAUCUCGCUGAUUCUCAGCGGGCUGCUGGCGCUCCACCAGGCCGCACAGCCUACGCACGCCGUCAGCGGUCACUCGGAUCCGCUCGCCCGCAAGGCGUACGUGCAGAGCCUCUACCUGCGCUCGCCACCGCCAUGGCACAACCAGCGGCGCUCAGUGCCCCUGCCCGCCAAGCGCGACUACGACUCCCACCACUACUACGUCGUCGAGCUCCAGCCGCACGAGGGUGGCUCGGUCGAUCCGAGGGACGUGGCCGCCGCGCUCGACGCCGAGUACGUUGAGCAGGCCGGCGAGCUCAAGCACCACUACCUGAUGCGAUUCGCCAAGCGGCUCGAAGGAGAUGCCAUCGGCGACGCCUCCGCCCUCGAGAAGCGCGAGCAUGCUGGCGCCGAUGUCGGCCUCGCCAGGCGGCAAGACUACCCGCUCGAGGACGACCCGGUGCUGAGGCGGUGGGGCGAGAUCCGGCGCGCGAGGAGCGUGGCAGGGCCCGGGUCAGCGUCCAACGGCAGCCUGCAGCUGGCCAAGCGGCACGAGCGCGCCUCGGUCUCGAUCCGCGGCGUCGAGCGGCAGGAGCUGCGCAUGCGGCACAAGCGCGACCGGAUCUACGUGCCCGAGCAGAUGCCCGACCUGUACCCAGAGAUCCGGGCUGCGUUGCCCGGUGCGGAUGCGUGGGCUUCGGAGGUCGUCGAGGCGGAGCGGAAGCCGCCGAUGAUGCCGGCGGCCAAGACGGCCGCCAUGAUCGGCGAGUACGGCAUCAGCGACCCCAUCUUUGUCGACCAGUGGCACCUGGCCAACGACCGGCGCGAGGGCUUCGACCUCAACCUGACCGACGUGUGGAAGCAGGACAUCCACGGCCGCGGCGUCAACGUCUGCCUGAUCGAUGACGGCCUCGACAUGCACAGCCACGACCUGGCCGACAACUUCUUCGCCGCCGGCUCGUACGACUUCAACGCGCACACCGAGCUGCCGGAGCCGCGCGAGUCCGACGACCAGCACGGCACGCGGUGCGCCGGCGAGAUUGCGGCGCUCAAGAACGACGUGUGCGGCGUCGGCGUCGCCUACCACGCCAAGGUGUCGGGCGUCCGGAUCCUGUCGGGCCCCAUUUCCGACGUCGACGAGGCGGCGGCGCUCAACUACGCCUACCAGGACAACCACGUCUACAGCUGUAGCUGGGGCCCGCCCGACGACGGCCGCAGCAUGGACGCGCCCAAGGGCCUGAUCGCCAAGGCGAUGCUCAACGGCGUCCAGAACGGCCGCGACGGCAAGGGCAGCAUCUUUGUCUUUGCCGGCGGCAACGGCGGCGCCUCGGACGAUCAGUGCAACUUUGACGGGUACACCAACAGCAUCUACUCGAUGACGAUCGCCGCCGUCGACCGCGAGGGCCAGCACCCGUACUAUUCCGAGAUGUGCUCGGCCAUCCUCGCCACGGGCUGGAGCUCGGGCAACGGCGACCACAUCCACACGACCGACGUCGCCUGGAACGGCGUCAACCGUGCGCCUUUGUAG